CCGCAUUCUCUUCAGUCGCGUCCAGUUUCGUGUGUGUAGUGAGCUAGUGAGUGUUUAUUAUUACAUAUAACUAUUUCGGAAUGGCAAGAUGGAACCGUCACGUGUGAAUAUAAAAAAGCGUAGAAUUUCUGUGAAACUGCAGGAAUCCACUGAUACGUCUAAGAUGAAGACUAAUGAAUUUGAUGAUACAGAAGCUUUUACCAAGUACUGCGCUGAAUUGAGGAGUUUACAUAAUAAAGAUCCAAACAGUUUUAUAAAUCUUGUUACUAAAAAUAUGGUACAUGAAACAUUAAAAAAGGUUAGUGUAGCAAACCGGAAAGUAGAAUCGAAUUUGCCGUUAUCAAAAAAGGAAAAAAAUCUGUUGAAAAUUUAUGAUAUUGUGGAUGGUAGUGAUGAUGGUGAAACAUCAUUCCUCGUUAUAAAUAGUAUGGUAACAGAGCAUAAAGAUCAGAAACUAAGACGAGUCAUAUCCUGUGAAGAGGCUUUUUCUGUUAUCCUAAAUAUUCACAGGAAAGGUAGGCAUUGCUCCUUCGGUGCAUUGAAGUUCAAAUUGAGUGAAUUAAAUUUAUAUAUUUAUGAGGAAUCAUUCUGUAUAAGCCUGGUAAUAAAUUUAUGUAGUAUAUGUACCCCAAAAUUCAAUACAAAAUCUUACAUUUACGUUGCUCGGACGAUAGAACAGGACGGAGAGUUUAAAUAUGUGCUAACUUUAGUUGAUGACUGUACCAAAUACAUUCGUUUAAGACCACUUACUUCAGUAACAGAAAGUGAGAUAGCAAUUGAGUUAUUUAAAACUUUCAUGGAUUUUGGAAUCCCUAAAUAUAUAUUUUCCCCCUUAAGUGCUUCAUUGGAGAAAGUGUUUACAAUUAUGAAGUCCUUGUGUCCGGAUCAUUCAAUGCCAAUAAUACAAAAGUGCGGUGGUGUUUCGGGAAAUUUUCAAUCCCUUAUUUUAAAUAAACUGGAGGAGUAUAGGAUAGAGAAAGGGAUAACAAAUUGGGCGAUUUUAUGCCAUAUGGUGCAAUGGAAUAUUAAUACGACCACGCAUUAUGAAAACGUCCUGCCAUACCAUGCUGUUUUUGGUCGACAUGUUGUUUUAAAUAUGCCUAAUGUCGAUGUAAAAGUUUAUGAUAACGCAAAGUUAAUAAAAAGUUUGACUAAACUGACCAAACCAAAAGUUAAUUUAAUACCUUACCCUAUUUACAUUACCCCGUUUGGCAAGAUAAAACAUAUUUUGGAAAAGAAUGAUGGACUAAAAGAUACUAUAAUAACGAACAAUAUGUUGGAAAAGAAUAAUAUACAAGACAAUACAAUAAAGGGCAAGAUAAACAAUAUUUUGGAAAACAAAUAUGAUGAUAAUGAUGAUGAUAAUACCAAAGCAAGCGAGAAGACCAAAAAUGACACAGUGAGCUUCGAAUCUCUGAACAUUUCUCAUAGUAAUUUCGAUUCAACAGAACCUAUUAUUGACCUAACUGAAGAAAACGAUACCCCAAAUAACAAAAUGGGGGGUGAUAAUCAAAGCCUCGAAGAAAAAACGAAUAUUCAGUCUCGACGAUGUCACACUUGCAGAAAGCCAAUUGAAAAUAUCAAAAAACAUUACCUACAAAAGAAGUCUCCACCAAUGCUUUGUAUUGGGUGUGUUCAAAAAAUGUGGAAAGUGUUUAAAGUGCCGCCGGCGCCGCUCCCACGCCCUGCCCUCGCUGUUCCUUCCAGUUCGAUGUCUAAGGAGACAAUGGAUUUUGAAGAGGAAAUUGAAAAAACAACUAUUAUUAUUAAAAAAUAAGUACCUUAAGGAAAUGAUUUAUUUAUUUUUAUAUAACGUAAUAUCUUUAAUGUCCUAAUAGCACUAGGUAUUCAUAAAUAAACCUUCCAAUAAAUAAAAAUAAAAGAAGGUACAAACCCUUGGUUACCCUUACAAAAAUAACUUACCCUUGCCUUGUUUUACCUUAGCCAAUUCUAUACGCAACGUAUUCCUCAUUGAAUUAAACGAUCGUGUCAC